CGCGGCUCCCUCAGAGCCCCUGAGGUAAUACCAUGGACGCUAGCUACGAGGCCUGCGCGGAGGCCGCGGCCUGGCUCCGGGCCCGGCUGAAGCAGGCGCCGGUUGUGGGGCUCGUGUGCGGCUCCGGCCUCGGGGCCCUGGCCCAGGAGCUGCAGCAGCCGCAGAGCUUCGACUAUGGGGACAUCCCUCACUUCCCUCGGAGCACCGUCCAGGGCCAUGCCGGGCGCCUGCUGGUGGGGACCUUGGGGGGCUGCCCCUGUGCAGUGAUGCAGGGACGCUUCCACCUCUAUGAGGGCUACAGCCCUGCCCAGGUGGCGCUGCCCGUCCGCACCCUGGCCCUGCUGGGCGCUCACACUGUGGUCCUGACCAACGCUGCCGGCAGCCUCCGGGAGGGGCUGGACCCCGGGGACCUGCUGGUGAUCAGGGACCACAUUGACCUGCCUGGGCUGGCAGGGAGGAGCCCGUUGGUGGGAGCCAAUGACAGCAGGUUCGGGCCUCGCUUCCCCGUCAUGGCCGGCGCCUAUGACCCCGCCCUCCGGCGCCUCGCUCUGGCGCUGGCCCCGCCCCCCUUGCGCGCACGCGCAGGAGUCUACUGCGGGGUGGGGGGGCCGAGCUACGAGACCCCCGCGGAGUGCGCGCUACUGCGCAUGCUCGGGGGGGACGCCGUGGGCAUGAGCACAGUGGCAGAGGCAGCAGCCGCUCGCCACUGCGGCCUGCGGGUCCUGGGCCUCUCCCUCAUCACCAACGCGGCCGCCAGCCAUGAGGAGGAGGAGGAGGAAGGCCCCGAACACGCUAAGGACAUGGAACAUGCUAAGGAACAUGCUAAGGAACAUGCUAAGGAACAUGCUAAGGACACAGAACAUGCUAAGGACAAGGCCCAUCAGGAGGUGCUGGAUGCAGCCCAGGCCGGAGCCAGGCUCCUGGCCCAGCUGCUGUUAGCGCUGGCACCGCGACUGCAACACGUGUAGGACACGCUAAUGACAUGCUAAUGACAUGCUAAGGACACGCUAUAGGGCUCAGGGGGGUCUAUCCUGUGGUAUUCCUAUGGAGAUUCCAUGUUAUUCCCAUGUAGUUUGUGGGGGUCAAUGGGUUUGGGUCCUGUGUUGUUCCUAUGUAGACCCCAUGUAAUUCCCAUGUAGAUCCCAUGUAAUUCCCAUGUAGAUCCCAUGUGAUUCCCAUGUAGAUCCCAUGUGAUUACCAUGUAGUUGAUGGGGCUUAAUGCUUUGGAUCCUAUGUUAUUCCCAUGUAGAUCCAUGUAGUUGAUGGGGCUCAAUGGUGUCGAUCCUGUGUUAUUCCCAUGUAGAUCCAUGUUAAUCCCAUGUAGAUCCUAUGACAUUCCCAUGUAGUUGAUGGGGCUUAAUGGUUUCAAUCCCAUGUUAUUCCCAUGUUGAUUCCAUGUAGUUGAUGGGCUCAAUGCUGUC